CGGGAGGGGGAGGGCGCACGGGAGGAAGGAGGAAGCCGCCAUCUUGGAGCGUCGAGUCGCCAUAACAAGGCACCAAAGGGGGAGCGAGAGGAUUUUAUACCUGGGCGAGGGAGGAGCGCGGCUGGUGGCGGUAGAAGCGAGUGAAUUCUGAUACAACUCAACUUUGUUAGAGGGCUUUUUUUAAAAAAAAGUUGAUCCACAGUGCAUCAGAGCAAGUUACUGCUUUACUUUUGAGUGACUUACAGGUGCUUGCCUGCAUUGCAAUAAAGGACUCAUAUAUUGAGCAAGACUUAUUUAUCUCUUCGUUUUGGAGAGUCUAAUAAACUGUUAUUACAGUUUCUGUACUGACUUUCAAAGUUUUGAAGUCUAAAAAGACAUCUUUAAGGAGAAGAGCAUGAGCACGGCCAGAACAGAGAACCCUGUUAUAAUGGGUCUAUCCAGUCAGAACGGGCAGUUGCGAGGCCCCGUCAAACCCAGCGGCGGCCCUGGGGGUGGAGGCACACAGACUCAGCCACAGAUGAACCCGCUGAAAAACGCCAACACAAUCAACAACGGCACUCAGCAGCAAGCACAGAGCAUGACCACCGCUAUCAAACCUGGUGAUGACUGGAAGAAGACUUUAAAACUCCCUCCAAAGGAUUUGAGAAUCAAAACUUCGGACGUGACCUCCACAAAAGGAAACGAGUUUGAAGAUUACUGUUUGAAACGGGAGUUGCUGAUGGGAAUUUUUGAAAUGGGCUGGGAAAAACCAUCUCCUAUUCAGGAGGAGAGCAUCCCCAUUGCUUUGUCUGGUAGGGAUAUCUUGGCUAGAGCGAAGAAUGGAACAGGCAAGAGUGGAGCCUACCUCAUUCCUUUACUUGAACGGCUAGACUUAAAGAAGGACAAUAUACAAGCAAUGGUGAUCGUUCCCACCCGUGAGCUGGCCCUGCAGGUCAGCCAGAUCUGUAUCCAAGUCAGCAAACACAUGGGAGGUGCCAAAGUGAUGGCAACAACCGGAGGAACCAACUUGCGAGAUGACAUAAUGAGGCUUGAUGAUACAGUGCAUGUGGUGAUUGCUACCCCUGGGAGAAUUCUCGAUCUCAUCAAGAAAGGAGUAGCAAAAGUUGAGCAUGUCCAGAUGAUAGUAUUGGAUGAGGCAAAUAAGUUGCUGUCUCAAGAUUUUGUCCAAAUAAUGGAAGACAUUAUUCUUACGCUACCUAAAAACAGACAGAUCUUGCUCUACUCAGCCACUUUCCCUUUGAGCGUACAGAAGUUCAUGAAUUCCCAUUUGCAGAAGCCCUACGAGAUUAAUCUGAUGGAGGAGCUGACCUUGAAGGGAGUUACCCAGUACUAUGCCUAUGUAACUGAGCGUCAGAAAGUACACUGCCUCAAUACAUUGUUCUCCAGGCUCCAGAUUAACCAGUCCAUCAUUUUCUGCAACUCCUCUCAACGGGUUGAAUUGCUAGCCAAAAAGAUCUCCCAGCUGGGCUAUUCCUGCUUCUAUAUCCACGCUAAAAUGAGGCAGGAGCACCGCAAUCGUGUGUUUCACGAUUUCCGAAAUGGCUUAUGCCGCAAUCUUGUUUGCACUGAUCUGUUUACCCGAGGUAUUGAUAUCCAAGCUGUGAAUGUGGUGAUAAACUUUGAUUUCCCAAAGCUGGCAGAGACUUAUCUCCAUCGUAUUGGCAGAUCAGGUCGCUUUGGUCAUCUUGGCCUGGCCAUCAACUUGAUCACCUAUGAUGAUCGAUUCAACCUGAAAAGUAUUGAGGAACAGCUGGGAACUGAGAUCAAACCCAUACCAAGCAACAUUGACAAGAGCCUGUACGUGGCAGAAUACCACAGCGAGCCUGUAGAAGAUGAGAAACAGUAAAAAUGCUUUGAUUACACAUACCAGAAGGUGAAGCCCUUGGAUCCGGAUCUGUGACACAUCGUUUCUUUGGGGAUACCCUUCUCUUUGUGGGUUUUUCUUCGUCUUGUCAUUUUGGAACUAUUGAAGACUAAAGAGCUCGGCCUUUUUUUCUUUUUAAAUUUGGCAGCAAGGAAGAAGGAAGAUAACAGGAGGAAUGUCUUUUUGUUUUUCCACUCGUUUGCACUGUGUGCUGAUUGAACAUUAGUUGCACUAACUGCUGGUUUUAAAUUUUUUUCCUUUGGGUGGGAGGGGCAGCAAGGGAAGAAGAGAAACCCUGAAAAGAGAAGAAUCUUGAUGAACACGAGCUUGUCUGCGAUUUCAAAUUCUUCAACCAUCGACUGAGUGCAUUUCAACUUCUCCCUGGUUACUCAUCUGUUUUUAAGCUACAGAGCUUGUUACUUAUUCGUGCAAAGUGCCUUAUGCUAUGAGACCAUUCAGAAUAUCACCUUUCCAACACAGCCCAAGGAGUCAACAGCCGUUUUUGGUUUCAGGUCAAAGUUCCCCUCUCUUCCCCCUCUCCUCCUCCCCAAGUACUCGAGCCCAGGGCUGGGAGGUGAAAUGUAUUGGUAAUACUACUUUUGUCUUCAACUUUUUUUUUUUUUUUAAUUGGAGGAGUUGAUAUGCAUCUGCCGUUCACCCACACUGUAAAUACCUGUAUUUAAAACGAAACCAACUGAAAGUCUGGGCUGAUGAGGUGCAGCAUCGUAGCUCCAGAAGGAAAGAGCAGCCUGUCAUCCUUUGCAGGAGCCAUAAGAAAAAGCUCUGUGCUCUAGCAGAACACUAAAGACUGGUUUCCAUAAGAGUCUCCAUUCGUAGUUACAGCACUUGAUCCGUAGACUUGUUUCAGAGCCAUGGCCGUCUUUCCUCUGGUGCAGUGUGUCCCAUAGAAAAUCAGAUGUGUAUAUUGUACAAACUUUGUAAAUAUUUUUUUUUUUUCUGUUUGGGUUCAUAUAUAACUUUUUCUUUUGUGAUGAAGGUUGCUGGGGUUAAAGGGAUUUGACUGAUUAUGGGAGCAGCUAUAGAUGAGAGGGGCUCAGUUUUCUGCAACACUAACCAAGGAGAAGUGCUCUGACCUCUGUGAAGAGCAGGCUUCUGCAAGCAUCCCUUGGCAGGGUGGGUUUGCUCAGGUGUUAGCAACACCGUCCUGUACCGCUCGUGUGGGAGAGAGCGUUUGUGGGGCUGCUAGGCCUCCAAGUCAGUAGCUCAGCCUGUUGGGAGAUGCUCUGUGGUUUUCCCCUUAAACUUCAGGAACCUGUGUUCCACCGUGGCCAGAGGGAAAUCCCCGCAGGUGUCAGUAUGUGCAAAAGGCAUGGAUUUGGGGUUGAAAGAAACCAUAGAAAACUAAUGUACAUGCAUAAACUGACAGUUGUGGAGCUGUGUGGGAUUGAUUUCCUUCCUGCAGCGCUUUCUGCCCAGGAGCGGCCUCUAUCCAGACUGGUGAGCAGGGAAGGGCAAACCCUGCUCCUGUCAGAAGCUGCAGAAAGCCACUUGCCAUCUCCUCUGUUUUUGACACGAAUUGCUGGCUGUCAUUUUGCAUUGUAUAUUGCUGAAAAGCGCUUUCUGGUCCAGUAGUGUUGCUUUAAAUUGUGCCCCUCCCAACAUGCUUGAUGUUUGGCCUGAUCUACAGGCAAAAGGAGUGAGACAAAUCAAAAACAGUACUCUUUUUAAAUUCCCUUUUAGCCUGUUCACCAACGCUGUCAGGAGGCACCUGGAUGAACGCAGCCCCUUCUGCUCUGUUGUUAUUGCGUAUACAGAUGCUGCACUCACACCACGCUUGCUUACCUUGAGGCAGGAAUUUGUUGUCUUAAUUUCUCCCUGUUUUGACCCUUUUUUUUAAAUUCAAGUAAAACCGCUUGGAACUACAAGGCGGACUUGUCCGUUUCCUUGAGGAUCAUAAUUAGAUGCCAGGUGCCUCCUGACAACGACUUACCAGAUGGAAAGGAUUUUGUGUUUGGGAUUUCUGUUUUCCUUUUGUCAGCAGUGACUCCAUAAUUGUAGCAAAUGCUGCACUAGAGUACAAACUCGAGAGCGUGGUCACAGGCGCUCCAUGAGCCGCAUAGCUUACAUUGGACUGGCAGGUACUAUGUGUAAACAGUUUUGGGGUGCUUUUCGGGGUGGGGGGUGGGAGUUUGUGGGUGGUAACUUUGACCAAAAGUAAAAUCUUGCUCUUGUACUGCAGCCAGCUUAUGAUUUUCCAGAGAGACAGGAGAGGGAUCAUUUUAGUUCAACAGAGACGUGGAAAAUGUAAAUAGGAAUUUUGUAUCUUACCAGGGCACGCGUGUGUAACAAGAACAGGAUAGCAGCGUCUGUGGCGUGUGCUUUGUUGGAUUUGGGGUAGGUUAGCCUGGUGCCAUGCAUUGUUGGUCCCUCUGGAAGCACAGAACUUGUGAAAGUAUUACUUUAACUUGGCCUCGGAUGAGGAGUGGCACUUACCUGAGCUAUCGGGGGCACCACUUUUAGGUGGCUUCUUGUCAAGAAGGAAGCAACCUAUUUUUGGUGCUAGUAGGCUAUCUCUGACUGAUGUGAUCUUGCGAAUGGAAAGAUGCUCCAAAGGACUAGGAUAAUCCUAGUUUUUUUGGGUUUGUUUUGUUGUUUUUUUUUUUUUUAUUUUGGUUUGUUGUUUUUUUUGUUGUUGGUUUGUUCCCUACCCAGGAGUUAAGAAGUAUGUAUAAAUCUUAGCUUCCUGAGAUUCCUUGCAAGCUCCUGUUUUUGCUGGUCCUGUACCGGCCCUGACACUUAGGCAUGGGUUGGAGCCCUCAGUAAGAGCCCUAGGUCCAACGCUGCCUCUGGCAAAGAUGACACGGAGGAGAAUCCAUUGUGUUCCGUGCUUUUCCCCUAGCGAGUCUGGGAGCAUCACUGGGUGACUCUGAUUGAACGGAGCUUCAUGGCUUGGUGAAGUGGCUGUGGAGAGGGUGACUCGGAUCUCCAGGGAAGCUCUGGGCUCUGGGUGUGUGCCGUCAGGAGUGCCCGACUUGCUGGAGGGCUUUUCCCAAAGGGAGGGGGGUGGGUUGGUCUCAAAUACGUGUUUCAAUUUCCAGAAUGAGAUGGGAGCAUCUUUCCUUUGCCCUCUGACUUUUAGUGGGUAAGAACAGGGAAGCUCAACAUGAAUUCAUGUUGCGUAUACGUCGGUAUCAAAUCAUCUCAUUCUGAUCUUUUGUUCUUUAUUUUUACUUGGGAUGGGGAGGGUGUCUGCUCCAAGGAUUUAAAAAUGCUUUCUUCACACUCUGUGUUUUUUCAAACAAUCGAUAGGACACAAACCUGAGCAGACGGCUGUCCUGCCUCAGUUUCCGUUCUACAUGUUAUGGAGGUGCCAUGCCAUGGCUUCUGUGCUGCUGUUGUGGUGGUUCUUAUCCAGGUGCUGGACUUGGUGGUGCCGCUGUGGCCCGGCAGCUGUUGCUUCUUGAGGAUGGGAGUGAGUUCUGUUCCUGGGAAUGCCGGUGGUACGGCUGCCGUGGUACAGGUUGGGCAAUAGCUGUCAGAGGUUUCAGAUUGCUGUGAGCUUCUGGUCCAUCUUUCGUGAAUUGCAGUUUCUCCUCCUAAUAAACCAGGUCUCUGGACCAAGGAGCGUGCAUCUGACCUUCAAAGCCAGGCUUUGGCCGGCUGUGUGCGGGUUUUGCUCCAUUCGCCGUUGUGUAGCUAACGUGUCCCUGUAUGGAAGCAUUGUUAAAUUCUGCUGUAGACAGUCAGGGAAGGGGAAGGAGGGGUGGGGGGAGGGAUGGGCUCAUUAAGAUACAGCCUUGCUGUAUUUUAACCAAUAAUUACGGGGAAGGGGUGUCAGGAGAAGAAAAUAGUCACUGUUCCCUUUAUUGAAAGAAACUGGAACUUUUAUUUCAAGAAAAGAAAUUAUUUGCAAUUUGGGUGGAACGUCUUAAUCCACCGGUCCCUAAUCAAGAGUUUGGUAUUCCUACUGUUAACCAGCAAACACCAUGGACUAGUUCUUGAAAAAAAAACAUUCAGGGGUGGGAGGGGGAAAUUGGCUUUCUGUUAAAUCGGCAAUUGGCAAAGCGUCCAGCGGAGCUUGGGUUUUGUUGAGAAUGCGUUUCUUGGGCCCCUAUGGGCAGCGCCGCACGGGCUCGUGGAGAGCUUCACGAGUUCCUGAUGCAAAACAUGUGAAUGGUAAAAUCCCGAUUUUGUUGAUUAAACUCAAUAAAAGCUCCCUGGA